AUGGUGACUCGGGCAGCCUCGCCAUUGGCGGGUCACGCGACACCCACGAAAGCACAAAAACCCAGAACCAGGACCGUCGCCCACCGCAGAGUUUACGGGAAACGGAGAGCCGAUGCCCCCAAAGCAGUAUUUGAACAACCUAGCCCCGAAAGACCUCCCAAAAAUGUCGAUACCGUGGAAGGGAUCCAGAAGAAGCUGGCCAAUGUGACGAUUGACGAGCAACUAGCACCUCAACACAAAGAACCCGAGAACCCGCCGUCCGACCCAAAACCAGAGGGCACUGAGAUCCAUACAGCAUCACCAUCCGGUGAGUCGACCAGUGCAUCCCCCACCCAUUCCUCCGCGGACACUUCGGUUGAGUCGCCCUCGCAAAGAACCGCGCCAAAGAAACCAGCCAAAUAUGAAACCAUGGUGGCAGUCCGAAUCCCCGCCAAUAGUGCACCCAACAUGGUGCAAGCAAGCCCAAGAAGGGAGGACACGCCGUCCACCGACAAAAGAAAAAAGAACUUCUUCCGGCGACGCUCAUCGGGCGUUGUUCACAACACCGCAGUCAACACCUAUGCCCGCCCUAUCCUCAACGAAGCCCUGUCCUCUGUAGCUGCACAGAAUGUACAAAAAUUCAGUACAUGGGCUUCGCGAUCUGAGAAGAUGUUCGACGUGGCGAAACUGGCCGAGGGUUCAUACGGAGAGGUUUACAAGCUGCAUUUGCGCGACGAGGCAUGCAGACCUGCGGCAUCCAAGUCCAAACUGGCAAAGCUGCGAGCAUACGGAGACGGCGUCUUCAAAGUGGUGCCUCUGCGUGCCCAAAGCGGGCCCGGUUCGAAGAAAUUCACCACCAUCGAGGAAAUUGUGUCGGAGAUCAAGAUGCUGAAAUACCUGGACCCCAUCCCCGGAUUUGCCCGGUUCAGAGAAAUCCAUGUGGUACAGGGUCGUUUUCCGAGCCCUUUCCAGAGUGCUUGGGACCAUUACAAGAAGACCUCGAACGACUGCUUGAAUCCAAACCCGUCCAGUAAGAAGGCAUACCCGGACUCGCAGCUAUGGGCAAUUGUGGAAAUGGAUGAUGCGGGAUGUGAGCUGGAGAAGUUUUGCUGGUCGUCGGUCUUCCAGAUCUAUGACAUCUUUUGGGGCGUUGCCAUGGCUCUGGCACGCGCUGAAGAGUACGCGCUGUUUGAGCAUCGAGAUCUUCACUUGGGAAAUGUCUGUAUUCGAUCUACUCGUUCAGAUGGCUGCAUGGAUCCACCAUCGGACCUCGACAUCAUCCGUCAGCAAUCGGCCAGCGGGUUUGGCUUUAGCUCCCUCGAAACGACCAUUAUCGAUUACUCGCUUUCACGAGCUGACUUGCAGCUAGCCGACAGCGGAGAGAACGCCACCGUGGUCACUUCGUCGGAUUUGGACAAGAAGCAGAUUUUCGAUUCCAUUGGCCAGGACGAAGAUGAAAUUCUUUUGAGAAACACCUACCGAUAUAUGCGUGCAACUCUAUAUACCGGAAACCCCCUGGAAACAGAGAAAACACCCAUUAUCCCUGACAUCUGGUCUGAAUAUGCACCGCGGACAAACCUGGUUUGGCUUCUCUUCCUGCUCAAGAACCUCCUGAAGAACCGAGAACCUGAGGCCUCGCAGCCACCAACCCAGCCAGUACGAAAGGCUCUCGCCCCCUGUUCUCCCAACAGAGGCCCCAUGAACAAGCCGGGCAAGAAUGAAAAGAGCAAAACAAAAGAGAGCAACAUGGCUGAGGUUCGAGUGAAAGAGCGUCAGACGAAGGACAUGCAAAAUCGCAUCUGUCGCCUCAAGCAGACCCUGGAGGGAAGACUGAAAUCCAUUCUCGAGCUCCUCGAUCUAGAGCACGGGCACGAAGACAUGUGCUGUGCCGCUGAUUUGGUGACAUACGCAAUGGACCAGCAAUGGUUGGAGGAGAAAGACUUUUUCUGA